AAUUGUCAGCUCCAACGGCUAUCCAUUACCCAAAGCAAGAUAAAUCCCAUGAGACACAAAAUCUGCAAUCAAUGUCACCCCCAAAAAAGCUCUCAGCGGCAAUGCUCACGGGUCCCUUCAAUUACUACUGCAAGCAUUUGACAUGGAGUUCAAUUGAAGCGCACAAAAGACAUCACCAGCAACUCCUCAAGUCACUCUCCUCAUUUACCUCUCUUCACAAACCCUCCAAACUCAAAGCAACUACACCAUGCAAUCCUCGUAUUCGAUUCUCGUAUUUUUCGUCGCUGCAUUUGCUACUAUUGGUCUCUGUGCAUCUGCGGUGAUAAGAAAGCGAAGGAUUCAGGCUGAGCAAUCCGGGAGUGAGACUGAACAAUCUGUGUCUAAAUGGCAAGAAAUCAAGAAGGUUCUGAAGAGUGCAUUGCGGUUGAAGGAUGAAAGUGAUGCGGCGGAGGCCGAGAGUGGAGAUAGAGAGGAGAGAGGAGAGAAGGUCGAGAAAGCUGCAGCGACGAACACGCCGUUGCUUUGGCAGAGGAGGAUACUGAUGGGGGAGAGAUGUGAGAUGCCAAAGUUUAGCGGGCUUAUUCUCUAUGAUGAGCGUGGUCGACCUCUGCAGAGUGGUAAUAAUUCAAACGGACAGGAAAAACCAGCAGCACCAGUGAUCACUCUCAAGGAUUUGAUGUAAUUAGGCGCUGAUUAUUUAUCUAUUUAAUUCAUUUCAUAUUGUAUCACUACUAUUGUAGAAGUCUAAAUAAUUUUUAAUUUUCUUUCCUUUUAUAUUUCCUUGUUCUCCUUAUUCUUCUGGAGUAGAAGUGAUAUGAUAAUUUUUGGGCUGAAUAAAGGUCGGUGCUGUGAUGAGAUUCUCAUCUUAUUCAGGCCGGUGUGCUCUCCAUAAUAAUAAGUGGCCCAAGAUAAAGUUGUUCUUAACCAGUUUUCAUUUUUAUUUUUUAAUCUUUUUAUUUUUU